AUGGAAACGUACGAAGAAAAAUUGCGAGCAAAAAGCGGAAGUCCAAUGGAACGUGGCAGAAUGUUGACUUUCGUUCUAUUUUUCCAGUUCGCUGCCUGUUCGUUCCCUUUUUUCUCUUCUCUUCCAUUCCGUCUCGACCUUUUCAUCUUUCCUUUUUUUUUAUUUUUAUUCAUCUUCGUGUUUUUUUGUUUCGAGAACAAUUACACUAAUGCUUUCACUAUUUUCAUCUUUUAGAACUGGAAGUUCAGUAGGAAACAGUGGUAACUCGAAGCCAAAACAAAUACAAAUGUCGCUGAACCGACUAAAUGAACGAAUAAAUGUUUUCUCGCUUGUUCUCGUCCUGUAAAAUUUUCAACCUUUAAAUUAAAAUGACGUUCACUUUUCUUCUUUGAGGGAAUUUCCUCCGUUGGAAACUUUACUCUAUGCUGUGUAUAUUUCUGCUUGUUUACAUAGUAUCUGAUACGAACGAAAAUUGGAAAGCAAGGUGUAAACAUUCGUUUUACAGCAAUUCCAUUCGUGCCGCUCGGUAAAUUUGAUCUAACUCUGCGCUCUAUGUAUCAGGUAAUCGUUUCGUUCGGCAAUGAUUACCGACAGUAAACGUGGUUAUGAGUCUAUCCAAACGAUAGUCGAACACUAUCGGCUUUAGUUCAUAUUCGUACAAUUGUUAUUCAAACUGCAUUGGGUUUUAUUACAAGAUAAAUAGCGGUUAAACAAUUAAUGCGUAUGAGUAUGUAUGAUCACACAUGACGUAAACGUUCAUGUUCACCAGUGUUUGCCUGACCGAUUUUCAAAUCCCUUUACAUUGAAAAUGUUUUCCGAUACCGUACAUAUUGUCGAUAUUUCGAGAUUUGCGGUUGUUAUCUUUGUGUUUUGUUCUCUGCUAAAAUUUUACUGUAAAAUUUACGUUCUAUCACACAUAGAUCGUAGUAUCGUAUAAUAUUUUAUACAGCGAUUUGAUUUAAGAAUAUAAUCUCUUUAAACAUGCGUCGAGUGUCAGCACAUAGUGCGUACAAAAAUUUCAUAAAUGUGUGAAACUUCUAUUUUAACAUGGGUACCUUGUUACGAAUCGAAACACUUGAUCGUUCCAAAAGGAACCGUCUCAACGGAAAUUUUUACAAAACUUAUUAAACUUAGUCGUCUGUCUGUUUAACGAACGCUAAUCUAUUUCAAUCUUUGAAAAAUUUCCGAACUGAUCUCCAUUCUGGGGAUAUCACAGAGAAAAGAACGUGAAGCUUUUUCAAGACACGUGCAUAUUGGCUUUAACACCAAAGAGAAUUCUAAAUCAACUAUCUAUAGCAAAAUGAUCAUCGCGUUCAAAUCAUUGUUCUAUUACUCGAUGAAAUUAAUAGGACAUUUUGAUCGUAUCAACACUUACUUUAACAACGAUUAUCGUAGUUACACCUUAUUUAGCAACGUUAAAUCCCAAAAGCGAUUUCGAUUUUCUUACCAAUUAUUUAUUUAUAAUUAAUUUACUUACAAAAAAAUUUAUUUCUUUAAUGUCGCUGAUGAUGUACAAUAAAGUUACGAGGACUUGUAGGAUUCUUAAUAUCUUUGAUAUUGAAAAACAUUUUAUUAUUCGAAUUUAUUAACUAAAUAAAUAUGCACUUUCGGACAAAGGCGAAUAACAAGAGGGAAAAAACAGGGAAGGAAAAAGAUGAUUCGACUCGCUAUUUCAAUUAAAUUUAAUGUUAUUUUUGAUCGACAGAAAUAAUUCUUAAAGAUUAUAAUAUUUAUAAUCAAAUCAGAUGAUAUUUGAGAUUGUUGGAUUUAAUGUGUACUAAAUUUCAGAUUAUAAAAUAUUUGAUCAUUUCGUGUUUAACAUGAAAUUAUUUUGAAAAGUUACUAAUUGAUUAAAUGAGUAAUGUACUUAUUUUCAGUUCAGUUUAUAGUUUAAUAAACUAUAUAAUUUUAAUAAAACAUUACAAUUACAUUAUAAGAAGAUAUGUUUUUCUAUUAAUAAUUGAAAGAAAAUUUUUUCACUGCCAGGAAAGAUUAAAUGAAAGGAUUAAAGUAGUGACUGCAAUAGAUGGCAUGGAUAAAUAUUGUUAUAUAGAUAUUGAUUGACAUGACACAUAGUGUUUAAUUUUUCUUUUGGAUCCACUCAGUCCUCCUGGAUCAACAAGUCAAAAAAAUAUUUUCAGGUAUUACACCUCCAUACUCUUCUUUGAUCUAUCAAUAUAUUUCAAUAUAAAAAGAAAAGACAAAAAAAAAACACAAUAUUCGUAAUUUUUAACUGGGAAAUGAAUGUUUCGCUUUCAUCCAGGUUUACAAUUAGUCAAUAGUGAAAAUGUUUGAAUCCGCUUAAAAUUCUUAAUUUAAAGGAAAUUUCUUAUGACGAACAGAUCACGAAAUAGGAAGGUUACGUAAUUAUCUUGCGAGGAAUAGUUUCAGUAACAUUUCCCCGAAACUCCCUUCGAAUUCUGUGUCGCUUAUAUGUUCAUCGAUGUAUAUAUGUAGGUACUUAUCUACGUACUUCAAAAUGAAUCCUGUUGUUUGUUGUUCCGGUUAAUUCAAAACAAUAGUAUAUUAAUUUCGGAACAUAUCAAAUUCUUGCGAUAUUUUCAAAAUCACGAAGAAAAAUAUAUAGUUGUAUUGUUUUCAAAGAAAAUUGGAAAGGGAUUAACCUUCGACUAAUUAUAAAUAAUGACGAGAAUAGGAAACGAGAUAAAAACGAAAAUUUCAGUAUGUAAGAUGUAAAAAUGUAAUUUAAUUAUUUUUCGAUAUACACGGAUAGAAAAUGUAUGUACAAAUAGAAAUUUCGUGUAAUAUUCGUAGAAAUGCGAGAUGAAAUUGAUCGUGUAAUAUUUGUAGAUGAAUCUCGGUGAGAUUCUCAGAACCAAGGAAAGUGAAGUUACUGACUGGUUCGAAGAUUCAUUAUUCAAUAGCGAACCGAAGUUAGAGGAUCAUGAAAGGAAAGAGAAUCAAUUUGGAAACGGCAGAGAAAAAAGAGAAAGAUAAAAGAAAAGGCAGGAGAAAAGCGAAAGAAAGAACUAUAGGAGUUAAUCUCACUCCGAAGGGUAAUAUUCCUGCGGAUGGCGUGCUGCUUUCUAGGAUACCCGCAGGAAAGAAAAGCAAAGUUGUUACCAUCGAUCUUGGGAAUUCAUUAUUCACUGAGUUGGCGGAGGGCAGAAAUCAAGAGGAAAAAAAAAAAGAGAAAACGCGACAGAAGAAGGUCGACGAAAGAGGAAAGAAAUGUAUGACGAAGGGGUUAGAGAUCUUACCUACGAUACUACUGAUAAAUAAUUACCGCCGGAUAAGCGGACAAUGA